AUCCGAUUCCGCUCCCUUCACCGAAAAAUAACACCGCUUGAUAGCAUAGCAUGCAACCCUCAGAACCAGAACGCUACAUCCGCAGCCGCAUCGCCAACGCCUGCGACGGAUGCAAAUCCCGCAAAGUGAAAUGCGACGGUAAAUUACCAUGCAGCUACUGCACGCGUCGUCAAAAGCCCCACGACUGUCACUAUUCUCCCCAGCGGCGGAGAAAAGCGCACUCUGUGAGAUCACCGCAGGGGUCGGAGAGGGCGCAGUCUACGAGACAUACUAGUCCUUCUACGCCUGCUGCUGAACCUGUGAGAGAGCGGGAUAAUGGAACGCAGAUUGAUGCGGAGGAUGAGACCGAGGUUCCGAGGGAGGCGAGGUUGGUAUGCGAUGCGCAGGGAAAGUUAAUCUUUGUGGGUGAUUGUGCGCCUCUUUCGUUUUUUCAGAGCGUGAGACAACUUGUUACCACGAGAGUUGGACAGAAUGCUUUUGCGCCGCAGUCGAGUCGAUAUUCGGUUCUUGAAAAUGCGACGGCGCAUCAAUCGAGACGGAUACCGGGUGAUAACCGCACACCCAUUGUUCAUCCAGACGAUGUUCCUCUAGCGGUCUCGAAUUACUUGUCUAUUGCGACUGGACUCGUGGAUCUGUUUGAUAAUCGACGACUUCAAGAUGAUCUUAUCCUCUGGGCGAAUAUGGACCAGAAGCAAGAUGAUGCUACGACCGUUGUCAAUUUUCUAGUCUUGGCUAUCGGGAUGAAGAUCAACGAUGAGGAGCGAUCGCAGGAUUACUUUGAGUAUGCGCGCGAUAAAGCAUACUCCAACCUCACCGGCAAUCUUAGCGUCUCAACUGUUCAGAUGUUCACGCUGAUCACGCUAUACAUGCUCUGUUCAUGCCAGAUCAACGGAGCAUUUCUCUUCUUCGGAACAGCUGUACGCGCAGCUUACUCGAUCGGCAUUCACAGAACAGAAGUCAACGCGCGUUUUGGACCGGAUAUUCACCGACAGCGAGAUCGUCUUUGGAAGAGUAUACGUGUCGUUGAUCUUUUUUUAAGUUCUUCCAUGGGUCGACCGCCUGCUACUUCAGACGUUGAUUGCACGGUUCCAUAUCAAAGCCCGGAUGAAAACCUCGAGGAACCUGUUGAUCUACUCAAUGCAUCCGUGCAGAUAUUCUUGGUGCUUGAGGGCGUCGUCACGGAGAUUUACUCAAGACGAAAAGUGUCGCUUCAACUUACGGAAGGAAUAUCACUUCAACUACGAGAUUGGUCAUCGCGGUGGUUAAAACAGCUUAAAGAUAUAGUCGCGAACCCAGAAGUUCAGGAUAGAGCCCAAGCGAGUGGUGCUUGUCAGAUAUUGGCUACGUAUUAUUACGCCGUCAUGCUUGUGUCGAGACCAUUUCUCAUGUACGAACUUUGUCGGCGACUAUCUGAUGGUUCGGUCAACUCGAAUGGGCGAUCUGCUUUGACGAGUGGGAAGUCAAAGUUAGCUGAUGCUUGUAUUGAUGCAGCGAGUCUCAUGGUUGAUCCGAUAUUGGAUCUCAUUCAGAAGGGGGUUCUUGUUGGGCAUGUUCCCAUUCUUGUAUCAUGGCUAUUUGCUAGCUCUCUUGUACUAGGAGUCGGCCUCCUCGGUGGUUUCGGCCGAGUCCUCGAAAAAUACACCCGCAUGGCAAUCCACGCCCUAGACCACUGCUCCAAGCACGACACCCACGCAGGACAAUACUCCCUCAUAGCCCAAUCCCUCCUAACAACUGCCCUCGAAUAUCUCGAAAAGCGCGAACUCGCCGAACGUCAGCGCCGUACCGAAAACUCCAGCCAACUCUUCGGUCUCAUACCCUCCGACACAAUGGACUCAUCACCCACCUUUACCGGCCACUCAAUCGCUACCCCGUCCUCUAGAGGGCGUGAGUCACUAGACAGGACGUUUUUACAGCAUAAUGGGUUACAGAAUGUCGGAUCGCCGCUGUUUGGGGAUUUGGAUUCGGCGUUUUUGGGGUUGAGUGAGAGUAUGAUGCAGACGCCUGAUCCGAGUUACUGGGGCGGGCCGAUGGGGAAUGAGGCUGAUUCGGGGUCGGCUUUGAACUUGUUUGCGUUGUUGGAUGCGGGAGGUGGUAUUGAUCUGACGCAUCAUCUGUGAAACGUCAGUGAUAAAACCGACGAAUCGGUGAAGUUACUGGAGGUACGGAAGUUCGGAGUUGUCAGAUCAGGCGGGUAUGUUCUUGAUAUCAGAUCCGAUGAGGAUUGCGCGUCAGAAGAUAAGAUGGUUGGUCCUCGGUUAUGGAAUGCCAUGUCUAGCCGAGUAAGACGAUGAUAUGCGGAAAAGUAAUGUGAUAGAUCAUAUGGCUCAAUGCCAGGAAAAGAAGCCAGUGUCAUGCGAUUUCAGUGCCGUUCAGUCGUUCGGUGCAUGGGAAAGGGCAUCAAGAUAUGAUGCGGAGAUAACUUCCAGCAAUGGAUGAUUGCGCAUCAACUGGCGCAACAACCUCUUCAAUAGGCAUCACUAGAUUCUCAAAACGUAACCAAAUUAAUCAGGC